AUGGAGGAGGAGGGAAAGCCCCGGAGAUCCCUCAGGAGGAGGGGCUGCAAACCCAGCCCAGGGAGCUGUGAGGAGGAAAGACCCUCCCUGAGCCAGGAAGGCGGCCGGAGAUCCAGGCAGAGCUCAGAGCUGGUGGAGAAGCCUCCUGGAAGGGAGAAGCCCCACAAGUGCUUGGAAUUUUGGAAGGAUUUCUGCCACAACUCCCAGCUGAUGCAACACCAGAGGAUCCACACUGGGGAACGGCCCUACAAGUGUGGGGAAUGUGGAAAGAGCUUCAGUGACCUCUCCAUUCUGAUGCAGCACCAGGUGACCCACACAGGGGAAGGUUCGUACACCUGCUUGGAAUUUGGGAAGAGCUUUGGAUGGAGCAACAACCUGAGAGUCCACCAGCGCAUCCACACCGGGGAGAGGCCCUACGAGUGUCCCAAGUGUGGGAAGAGGUUUCAGACCAGCUCCCAUCUCCUGAAACACAAGCAGAUUCACACAGAGGAGAGGCCCUUCUGCUGCCCUGACUGUGGGAAGGGAUUCAAGCAGAACUCCCACCUCAUCAGACACCGGCGCAUCCACACUGGGGAGAGGCCCUACAAGUGUCCUGAGUGUGGGAAGAGCUUCUCCACGAGCUCUAACUUGACCCGACACCAACGGAGGCUUCACUAAGGGAAGCCCUGUGAGUGCCUUGAGUGUGGGAAGAGCUUCGUGCUCUGCUCCA